AUGAGGCCACAUAGAACAACCAUAAACACAUGCCCCCCAUUCAGGAAGGACAACCACACAACGCACCACGCAUAUACGACCUCACACGUACUCAUGAGCAAUGAGCACAACACAAACCACCCUAAUCGGACCGUCCUGGAGACUGACACACAGACCCAGCCGCAUGAAAACACAAGAAACCAGACCUGCCGCACCGCUAACCAGCUCCUUGAGACCGAGAUCCGCUCAGCACAUAUAUUGGCACUCCUGAAUGCAUAUCGACUUUUUCGGAUGCGGUAACGACCUUCCACUCCAUACGCUCUCUCCAGACUCAGGGUACUAUCCACAUGAAAGCGAUUACUAUGACAUUAAGCUCUGAACAACAACAAAACCUAACCACGAAUAAAUAAAGGAGAACAGUAUCACCCCUAUGGGUAAGCAAGCCCACCCACAGCGACCAAGUGACCAGGUCUCACGUAUAUCAUGGGCGGGUUGGCAAGAUUGGCAAGACUCACAUGGCAAUCACCCCUACACGAAAAGCCACCCAGCGAUAGACCGCCCUGUCAUACUGCACACAAACCCACAGGCCACUGACUUCCCCAACCCAACCCAUCACUUACCGAACAGGUAUGGCCGCAGUGAGGCCCCAGCUUGCGUCUCCCUGCUACCUACGAGUUUCCUCCCCUCAUCUUUGACUAUUAAGUUUUAUGAUCCAUGCCUCAUCACAACACCUACCUAG